AUGCUCAACUGGGUCGAGGUCCUGAGCACCCCUACGGCGGACACGGGGGCAUGUCUCGCAGUCCAUUUCGACAACCGCCGAUACCUCUUUGGCAAUGUCUCCGAAGGCACCCAGCGCCUCUUGGUGCAGCGCAGGAUGUCUGCCCGGAAUAUCGAAGACAUCUUCCUUACGGGGUCCAUUAACUGGCAAAACACCGGCGGCCUCCUGGGCAUGAUCUUGACCAUUGGCGACGCUGCUGCGGGCGCCAAGGCCGCGCUCAAGGAAGAAAACGAGAAGCGAGCCGCGAAGGGUCAGAAGGAGAAGCCCGCGAGCUUCGCGGCCUUGAACAUCCACGGGCCAAGGAACCUAACCCACCUGCUGGCAACCGCGCGCAAGUUCGUCUUCCGCCAGGGCUUCCCUCUGCGACCACACGAGAUCCGGACAGAUCCUCGGGCGCACGGCACAUGUACCGCGAAGGAGCCCGACUGGCAGGACGGAAACCUCAGGGUCUGGCAUGUCCCUCUCGCCCACAAGGGUCGCCGGUGGAGGAAACGAAGCCACGAGGCGUUGUCCGAUAGCGAGGGGGACAAUGGUAAAGGCGCUCAGGAUGAGCCUCUGGAUGCAGAGACUGCCCACCAGAUUAGAGCCAAGGCAGUUCAUGAUAUGUUCGACUCCGGCUGGAAACUCGAUACCCUCAAAGAAGUCCCGCUGAACACGGUCAAACUUCCUGCAACCCUCUUCAUGAGGGACGCCAGCGGCCAUAUCGUGAAGUACGACGGUCCACUCCCCAACGGAAGAGACCUUGUUCCAGAUAUUAAGGUCCUAGUCCGCAGUCCUUGGCCAUCUGCAUUAAUUGAUUCGCUACCUCCAACCACACAGUACGCGGAGUCAAUGUGCUAUAUCGUCAAGAACCAGGCCAGGAGAGGCAAGUUCAAGGUUGACGAGGCCAGGAGGCUUGGCGUUGCCCAGACCAACUUCAAGCGGCUGACCGCGGGGGAGAGCGUCCCGGGCAAAGAUAACCUGACCGUCACUCCUGAGAUGGUGUUGGAACCAACCAUUGAGGGGCACGGAUUCAUCAUCGUCGAAGUCCCUUACAUCAGCUACAUAGAAAGCUUUCUCUCCAGGCCGGAAUGGGCUGCCGAGGAUGUCAUGCGUGGCAUCGAGGCCAUGUAUUGGAUCAUCAAGUCGCCGGAAGUCCUCCAGGACUCGAGAAUCAUGUCCUUUAUGCAAGAGCGGUCGUCGAUGAAGCACAUCAUCCUUUCACGAGAUACAUGCCCCAACCACCUACCGUUGGUGAGCCCGGCCUCCGAAGCUAUCAAACUGAACAGGAUAGACCCAGAUCGCUUUCCCAUCCCCACAUACAGCAACAAACCUAACCCGCCCGAGUCCUUUGGGGUUCCGGACCCGCCGUACCAGGCCGCCCAGGCAGGCGCCGGCCUCCAGCUAGCUCCCCAGGUUAUCUUCCAGGACGACAAGGCAGCCCCGUACCUGGACACCGCCCAGGUCCUAAAAGAAAUCCACGGCCAGUCCGAGGUCAUUGCGCUAGCAAACGCAGCAAAGGCCAAAGUCUCCGACCCGGCCUUCCUGGCCGCCAUCGAGGAGGCAGACAAGGACAUCCCCAACCGCGACAUGGAGGUCGUCGCGCUCGGCACCGGCUCUGCACUGCCAUCCAAGAACCGCAACGUGUCGGCGACCCUGAUCCGUGUCCCGGGCCACGGGAGCUACCUGCUGGACUGCGGCGAGAACACGCUGGGCCAGCUGAGGCGCGUGUACGGGUUCGAGGGCGCUGACGAGAUCGUCAGAGACCUGCGCGCCAUCUUCAUCAGCCACCUGCACGCGGACCACCACCUCGGCGCCGUCAGCGUCAUCCGGCGCCACCGGGACCUCCGCUACGGCAGCAGCCCGUCGCCCGACGGCGACGCCCCACGCCCGCUGGGCAUCAUCGCGCACGCGCACUUCCACGACUUCCUGACCGAGUACAAGGACGUGGAGGCGUACCUCGGCGCAAACGUCGAGCGGCUCGUGAUGAACGAGCAGCCGCGCUCGCGCACAGGCCGGUCGACGCGCGUCGCCGACGGGGCCCGCACCCUCCGCUACGGCCUCUCGCGCGUGGAGACGUGCUUCGUCGACCACUGCCACGGGGCCAUGGCGGUGGCGCUGACGCUGCACCCGUCGGGGCUCAAGGUCGCCUACUCGGGCGACUGCCGGCCGUCGGCCGAGUUCGCCGCCGUCGGUCGCGGCGCCCACCUGCUCGUGCACGAGAGCACCUUUGACGAUGAGCUCGCCGGCGACGCCCUCGCCAAGAAGCACUGCACCAUGUCCGAGGCCCUCGGCGUCGCCCGCCUCAUGGGCGCCCGCCGCGUCCUGCUCACCCACUUCUCCCAGCGCUAUCCCAAGAUCCCCGUCAUCGGCCCUGAUGCCGGCCCUGCGGAGGUUGCUGCGGAGUCUCCUCCUUCUUCGGAGGAGGGGGGAGCCGGGAAAAAGGAGGGGGACGCGGGCGCUGCUGCCGGCGAUAUGUCGGUUCUGUUUGCCUUUGACUACAUGCGCGUCAAGCUUGGCGACUUCAGGAAGGCUGAGGCGUUCCUGCCGGCGGUGCAGAAGCUGUAUGAGGGGUUGGAGAAGGAUUAG